GCCAUAACUAUCUAGUAAGGUAACACCUUCGAAACACAAUUCAUAGCGCCUGGAGCUAACUAACAAACAAACACGACUAAAAUGGUGGUUGUACAGGGAAUGUACGAGGUCACCGAGCUGGUGGCUGGCAGCGUGGGAUGCGUGUGUCUAUACAUGGCCGGAUGCAAUGCGCUGCCCAUGGAGCAUAUUCCCGAUCUUCCGUCGGCGCUGUUCGUUCUGACCACAGUCCUUGUUCUGCAUCAUCUGAGGGUAAUGAACUGCGCACCGCUGCAGAAGCUUUGGAUUUUGCUGGUGGAACUGUUGGUCUCCUAUGUGUGCACCCAGGUCGUAGUGCUCUUGUGGCUCCAGUUGCACCGCCUUAUGAACGAACUUCGGGACCAAGCAGUAAAUACUCGUAUGGGCUUGCAUCUUUUGGAAACCUAUCCAAAAGUCUUUAUGUUUUUGCGCCAGGAUGUCUGCUAUUUUGGGCAGCUUAUCAUGUCCUUGGCGUGCACCUACAAGGCGAUAAUGGUCACUCAUGCCCUGGACUACGCCCUACCAAAUCGCCGGACCUACAGGUACUAUGAGACUAACGCCAUGGAUGACAACUUAGGCGAUGGUCCGCGGCGUUCUUACCGAAGGACCAACCGGCGAUCAACACGGAGGAAGAGUACCGUGCGUGGCCGCACAAAAUAGAAGCUUCUGCAGAAACUGGAUCAAUCAAAUCGCCCAAUCUAAACACCGUUUUUCUAUACUUUCGAUCAAUGAACUACCCCACGCGUAAUAAAUUAUCAAGGUAAUCGGCGGCCCGGGUGCAUUGCACCAAAAUUGAAGGUGCUGCUCAAGAGCAGUUUACGCUUUACUAGAAAUUUGCAUGCUUGAAAGAGCAGAGCCAACACGUACACACAAAACCAACCUAUUUUCAAAUUUUGGCGCCUCUCGACAAUCGAUUAACGGACAACAUCAUCAUGAUCAGCCAAUCGUAUGAAUUCCACCUCUAACACCUGAGAAUAUUGAGAAGAAGAAGCGCGUUGUGUCGGAUCCAAACAAUAAAGAAAUUAAACAAUUA